GGUUGCUACAUUCUGUACUUCUAAACAAACCCAUCCAAUCCGCUAUCUAUCAUCAUAAUGCCCGAACUCCCUCAGGUCCACCCCGAAGUCACAUGGGCUCAGCGCUCUUCGGAUAGCGACCCCGAGCGCAACUACCUCUAUGUUAGCAUCAAGGCUGCUGAUGUUGCCCGUUCUGACGCAACCCUCGACAUCAAGCCUACCAACGUUACUUUUACAGGCAACUCCAAGAAGGGCGUAAAAUACCACGUCUCUCUCGACCUGUUUGCCGAGAUCGACCCCGAGAACAGCAAGGUCAACCACAGUGACCGUGAGGUCGAGCUGGUGCUGCGCAAGAAGGAGCUCAAGGAAGAAUACUGGCCGCGUCUGCUGAAGACCACCCAGAAGAUCCACUUCCUGAAGACCAACUUCGACAAGUGGGUUGAUGAGGAUGAGCAAGACGAGGUGAACGAGGACGACUAUGCAAACAACUUCGGAGGCUUCGAAGGUCUUGGAGGCGAGGGUGGUCUCUCCAACAUUGACUUCUCCAAGCUUGGUGCCGGUCUCGGCGGUGAUGCCGGUGUUCCUGGAGAGGAAGAAGAGGAAGAGGAGAUGCCCGAGCUGGAGGAGGGCGAGGCCGAGGCU